GGAAUGGAAGAAUAUUCUACGUCAGUAGUCUGGCAGUGGCAGUUCUCAUUAUCGUGAUGACUUUAACAAAAUAUUUUUUUUAUUUAAUUCGUUAUUUAUACAAAAACUAAUGCUUACCAAUGGAGGAGAAAUAUAUACCUAUAUUUGUUUUAACCGGAAUUUUCGGAGCAAUAAUGGCUUUUGGGCCAUUUUUGGUACGGAAAGGUCCUAACAGGGGGUGAGUUUUUGUGCCUACACCAUACUGUAGGUACUGGUUCUACGCUAUAUAUGGACAAAUAAUAAUAAAAUUUCAAGCAGACUUUAAACGCUUGGUCUCAGGUACUUUAAGUACACCAAAAAUUACACGGAAAGCACCUGGUACUAUAACUGGAAUAAUUCAAAAAGAUAACAUCAUUUGGGUGACUACGUAUAUUGCUCAAAUGAAUCCUUUAGCUGGGCCACGCUUACACAAUACAACUUUGGCGUGGAUUCAAUAUGCUUUCGGUAAUACCGUUGCUGGUCCACAAUUACGCGUAGUCACUACUUCAACUACGACACCCGAUACCUCAUCACCUGCUUCUGCAUUUAAAAAUAUGAUGACAAUAAGACCACCCAGACCAGAUCACAAACCUGGUGAAGGACCAGAUUUCGGGCCAGGCCACAGACCCGGUGACGGACCAGAUUUUGGGCCAGGUCACAGACCAGGUGAAGGACCAGAUUUUGGACCAGGUCACAUACCCGGUUACGGACCAGAUUUUGGACCAGGUGAAGGACCAGAUUUUGGACCAGGUCACAGACCAGGUGAAGGACCAGAUUUAGGACCAGGUCACAGACCCGGUGACGGACCAGAUUUUGGACCAGGUUACAGACCAGGUGAAGGACCAGUUUUCGGACCAGGUCAUAGACCCGGUGACGGACCAGAUUUUGGACCAGGUCACAGACCAGGUGAAGGACCAGAUUUUGGACCAGGUCACAAACCAGGUGAAGGACCAGAAUUAGGACCAGGCCACAGACCUGGUGAAGGACCGGAUUUUGGACCAGGCCACAGACCUGGUGACGAACUUGAUUAUGGACCAGGUCAUAGACCCGGUCACAGACCUGGCGAAGGACCUAAUUUUGGACCAGGUCACAGACCUGGUGAAGGACCUGAUUUUGGACCAGGUCACAGUCCCGGUGAAGAACCAGACUUUGGGCCAGGCCACAGACCCGGUGACGGACUUGAUUAUGGACCAGGUCAUAGACCCGGUCACGGACCUGGCGAAGGACCGGAUUUUGGACCAGGCGAAGGACCAGAUUUUGGACCAGGUCACAGACCUGGUGAAGGACCGGAUUUUGGACCAGGACACAGACCCGGUGACGGACUAGAUUAUGGUCCAGGUCAUAAACCCGGUCACAGACCUGGCGAAGGGGCGGAUUUCGGACCAGGUUAUAAACCUGGUGAAGGACAAGAUUUUGGACCAGGCCAUAGACCUGGUGAAGGACCAGACUUUGGGCCAGGUCAUAGACCUGGUGAAGGACCAGAUUUUGGACCAGGCCACAGACCUGGUGAAGGGCCAGAUUUUGGGCCAGGCCAUAGACCUGGUGAAAGACCAGAUUUAGGACCAGGGCACAGACCUGGAGAAGGACCAGAUUUUGGACCAGGAUACAAACCUGGUGAGGGACCAGACUUUGGGCCAGGUCAUAGACCUGGUGAAGGACCAGACUCUGGGCCAGGUCACAGACCUGGUGAAGGAUCGGAUUUUGGACCAGGUCAUAGACCAGAAGAAGGACCAGAUUUUGGACCAGGAUACAAACCUGGUGAGGGACCAGGCCAUAGGCCUGGUGAAGGACCAGGCUCUGGGCCAGGUCACAGACCUGGUGAAGGAUCGGAUUUUGGACCAGGUCAUAGACCAGGAGAAGGACCAGAUUUUGGACCAGGAUACAAACCUGGUGAGGGACCAGACUUUGGACCUGACCAUAGGCCUGGUGAAGGGCCAGACUCCGGGCCCGGUCACAGACCUGGCGAGGGACCAGAUUUUGGUCCAGGUCACAAGCCUGGUGAAGAACCAGACUUUGGUCCAGGUCACCGGCCGGAUGAGGGACCCGACUUUAGUCCAGGUUACAAACCCGGUGAAGGACCAGAUUCUGGACCGGGUCACAGGCCAAGUGAAGGGCCAGACUUUGGUCCAGGACAUAGACCAGGUGUUGGACCAGAUUUGGGACCCGGUCAUAGACCUGGUGAAGGACCUGAUUUUGGACCGGGUGUUGAACCAGGUGAAGGUCCCGAUUAUGGAUCAGGCCAGAAACCCGGUGAAGGACCUGUUUUUGUACCAGGUGAUAGUCCCGGUGAAGGACCGAACUUUGGACCGGGUCAAGGGCCUGGUGAAGGACCCGACUUUGGACCUGGUCAUAUACCUGGUGAAGGGCCGGACUUUGUACCGGGUCACAGGCCCGGUGAAGGACCAGAGUUUGGACCAGGCCACGGGCCUGGUGAGGAGCCAGACUCUGGUCCAGGCCACAGGCCUGGUCAGGGACCUGAGGGACCAGACUACGGACCAGGAUAUAAACCUGGUGAGGGACCAGAAUUUGGACCAGGAUACAAACCCGGUGAGGGAACAGACUUUGGACCAGACCAUAGGCCUGGUGAAGGACCGGUUUUGGGACCAGGUCACAGUCCUGGUGAGGGACCAGACUUUGGACCAGGUUACAAACCCGGUGAGGGACCAGACCAUAGCCCUGGUGAAGGACCGGAUUUUGGACCCGGCCACAGGCCUGGUGGAGGUGAAGACUUUGGACCAGGUCACAUGCCUGGUGAGGGACCAGACUCUAGACCAGGUCAGAGGCCGAGUGAGGGACCAGACUUUGGUCCUGGUCACAGACCUGGUGAAGGACCGGAUUCUGGACCAGGUCACGGGCCCGGUGAGGGACCAGGCUUUGGACCAGGUCACAGGCCGAUUGAGGGACCAGACUUUGGUCCAGGUCACAGACCCGGUGAAGGACCAGACUCUGGUCCAGGUCACAGGCCUGGUGAGGGACCUGAAUUUGGUCCAGGUCAUAGGCCGGGUGAGGGUCCUGACUUUGGUCCAGGUCACAGACCCGGCGAAGGACCAGAAUCUGGACCAGGUCACAGGCCUGAUGAGGGACCAGACUUUGGACCAGGUCACAGGCCGGGUGAGGGAUCAGACUUUGGUCCAGGUCACAGACCCGGUGAAGGAUCAGAUUCUGGACCAGGUCACAGGCCGGGUUAUGGACCAGACUUUGGACCAGGUCAUAGACCCGGUGAAGGAGGAGGAUCGGAUUUUGGACCAGGUGGUGGACCCGAUUAUGGACCAGAAGGUGUGGAAACGAGUCGCAAACCAGGUCUAAUCCUUGGACCAGAUGGCAAUCCGAUUAUUGAAUCAUUUGAAUUGAACACUGUUGAAAUACCUGAUGAAGCACCGAAAGAGAUACCAGACGAAAUGUUUUUGUACGUUGAGUAGGUUUUUCUGUUUUUCUAAUAUAUUAUUCGGUAUACGGUAUAUUGCAUCAGAAUUAUUUCCAUUUCACUCUGUGUCCUGGCAAAGUGCACACUAGUCUAUAGUUUUUUAGCAGUCAUUACGUAUAGUAACCUAACACGCAAUUCACAGCGAAAGUUAUUUAAAUUGUCUGUUAUUAUGUUACCAUACCCAAUUCGCAACAAUAAUGGUCCCAACGCUUCGAGAGAAAGAUUUUAAUUCUGAAAUUGUCCGCUGUUUCUAUUUAAGUACUAUUUUCUAUAGACUAUGUUACUAUACGUAAAUGUUACUUACCUAAUAGUAACAUUCAUAACAAGAUUUUGAUCUUUAAAUUAUCUUCUGUUUCUCUUACAACGGACUUCACUUUUUCUGUUUAGUGAAUUAUAUUGAAGUCUAUUAUUAUGUACUUUUUUUAAUUCCAGCUAAGUAUACCUACUUUAUUUAGCGUAUUUGUUAAUGUUAGUACUAUACAAACUAA